AUGUCUGCCGCCUGGAUCGAUGACUUACCCUCCAAACUAAAAGACCAAGUCAGAGCACUUGUGGCUGAACACCCAAACAGCGAGCCUGUCUUGCUGCAAUUAGCUUCUCAUUAUGGCUGUGUGGUACCGAACAAACGAAAAAAACCGAAUCUGGGUAAAGUCCAGCAAACACCUAAAAAAUUGCCGGGUAACAACAGCGUAAAACCAGAGCCAAACAAUACUGGUGUGGCUUCCGGUGGUCCCAUAAAGACCGAAAUGCUCUCGCAGAAUGUGCUCAACAUCACCAGUCCGAUAAAGGCGGACGAGACCAUCUUCGAAAUGACAGGCUUAUCCUUUCUCUCGCCUCUCAGACGCAAACUCAAUCUAUUGUUUCAUUUGCAUAUGUCAGAAAAUGAUAAGCCUCUGCCAGUGCUAUCUGUGGUGGCUCCCGCAACUAAUAUCCCAGAAAUAUCUGUGACCAAUCUUCAUUCGGCAAUCAAACUUUGCUUGAUCAUUCCUAUUCUUGGGAACUCCACCGUCUCCACAAAAAAGGACACUGUGAUGAUGUCUCUUUGGCUAGACGAUAGCGCAGCUACUUCGGCAGGAAAAAAUGAUCCGAUCAUCUGCACAUUUAAUCUUGACCUAGUCAAGAAGCAAUUAAUGGCGGACGGGAAAAUCCCAGCACACGCUGAGGCACAAGUCCUGCUGGCGAGCUCCACUUCUGAUGCAAUCAAGCCUAUCAAUGAACUCAUUAUUGACUUUUUGCGGCGCCAGUUUGAGUUGUGUGGGGUGAAGCUUAUUAGUUUUCUUCCUUCAGCGAUGCCCGGGAAGAAUGAACUUAACAUGAAUGACGAUAACGUCAUUUGCGUUUCUCACAUCUCUGACACUCACAAUGAUCUAGUGAUGGCAGGGGCCUAUAAGGGAUCGAAAGAAGGCGCUCUUUUGCUCGCUUCGGCUUCGUCGGAUAGCGCAUAUCUCAUCUUCGGGUUCAAAAAGCCCGUCUUGAUAAUGGACUUCACUUCGCUCAAAGCGGUGUCGUACAGCAACAUCACCAGAUUCACUUUCAGUAUGAUGGUUACAUCGGUGAAUAAAGAUGGAAACGAAGAGCUGUAUGAGUUUGGAAUGAUCGAUCAGAAAGCCUUUCAGGCAAUAGACGAGUUCGUCAAGAGAAAGAAUAUUGAGGAUAAUUCAUUUGAUGAAAAACACAGAGAGAAAAGAGCGGAUACCAAGACUGACGCGAGCAAGUCGGAUGCUGUUGGAAGCCUGGGUGAUGCGGGGAUGGCUGGCAGUGAUGAGGAGGAUGGCACUUACAUGGGUGCUGUGGAGGAAGACGGAAGUGGCAGCGAGGUCGACGAAGACUACAAUAGCAACGCAGAGAAUGGAGAAGACAGUGGCAGUGACACAAGUGGCAGUGACACAAGUGGCAGUGAAGAUGAUAGUGAGGAUGAUAGUGGCAGCGACAAUGAAGAGACCAAUAAUGAUGAAGUGUCAAACGUCAAUUCGGGCCACCUGGAAUAG